AUGCCAGAUUCUGCGACGCGCGACUAUGGCACCGAGACUACUACCGCCACCACAGGAGUAGAGAAUGAUCCAUCACCAACGGUCGUCCCAUUCCGAUUCCUGGACCUGCCAACCGAGAUCAAAAGCCUUGUCUACCGUCUGACCUUCCGGGCUGCGAAACUCAGACAUGUAGCUGGAAUAGAUAGCUCCAGCACGACUCCGUACCAGCGAUCUGCCAAGGCAUCCAUCAUGCUCGCUUCGAAGUUAUGCUACGCAGAGGCCAAGCCUAUUCUGCUCCAGGCAGCCGACUUCUACAUCGGUCUCUCCGCCAAGUGGCUUUGGCAUUCGACCCACGAGCAAGAUCGAUGGCUCAGCUACGUCGAGUUCAGUACUUUGCGGCACAUCUCAAUCACCCUCCGCGGCGUCAACGAUCUGCCCGAAGCUGAGCGUCUGCGUCCGCUGAUCGCCAUGUUGCCUGAUCUUCAAAGCGUGACAUCCUAUCUCUCACCACCGUCACACGCAUAUGCAUUCGGCAAUGGACCCAUGGUCCUGGCUCAGUCAGACGGUUCGUUGGAUCCAGACAAUCUGAAGAAGUACGAAGACAUCGUCGAGUUUGGUUUUCAUCGCGCUCUUCACGGAGACCCAGGGAGACGAUUUGCGGGAGCGAACGACACCAAACCUGCAGAUCUACACGACCUUCUUGCAGCAUGGCAGGGCCGUGGGCGUUCCUUCGAGCCACAAUAG